UCUGCGGCUAGGAAAAGCUGUCUUGAUUAAAUAGGCCGCGACCUCAGUGAUAUCAGAUACAGAGGGCAGUCAGUAGCAGUGGUUGCGUUUGACGAACGACGCGACGCGACGCUUGAUUGAGCAGGCCGUGGAUAUUGCUUCGCAGUGGCAGUAGCGGAAGACUUGUUUACGUCUUGCUUUGUCGAAUACCAUAUUUUAAAACAUGUUUGUAGCUGUGCUGCUUCUGGCGGCGUAUUUGCCUCUGAGCAGGCCACAGUGCCUGACAGCCAAUGAUGACGUGAGGCGGAUUAGUGCAGACGCCCACCAAGCUCUACUGCAGGCCGAGCAGCAUUUCUCUGCAGACCUCCUGCAGACAAUUGGCAAUCUCCAUCCUGAAAAGAACGUUUUCUUCUCUCCGACCAGCAUAUUCAAGACCAUGCUUCUCGCCUACUUCGUGUCCGCGAACCACACCGAAGCCGCCAUCAAGAAAUCCCUGCAUCUGCCAGAAGACAAAGAUAAAAUGGACAUGAUGGGAGCGUACAGCCUGGAAAGCUACUACCAGAAACUGCGCAGUAUACAGACAGACUACGAACUCAGUAGUGCCAACCGUAUAUACGUGUCCAGGUACUUGCCAGUCAGCCAUUGCAUGAAGGUGCUCUUCUCCGACGAGAUAGUCCCAGCCAAUUUCCAAGAUAAUCUAAACCAUGUACUGAAGAAGAUCAACCGCUGGGUCGCCACUCAGACCAGGGAUGUCAUCAAGGGCUUCCUCUCUGAUGAUUCUGUAACUUCAGACACGGAGUUAAUCCUGGUAAAUGCUGCAUACUUUAAGGGGUCGUGGAAGUUUAUGUUCUACGAGGAAGAUACCACAGAAGGAACAUUCCAUCUCAGUAACGGAAAUUCUGUGCCUAUUCCUAUGAUGUACCAGGAGAAUGAAUUCCGAGCUGGGUUGGACAUGGAUCUUAGAGUGGAAGUGCUGGAAAUGCCGUACGCCGGGGAUGACAUCAGCAUGAUCGUCCUGCUUCCACUGAAACCUUCCCCGUCGGCUAUACCAGAGCUAAUAAAGCUACUUAACAGCCAGACUUUGCAGAGGACUUUUAACAAAACGGCUUCCCUAACCCCUCAUAGGAUUACUGUCAACUUUCCGAAGUUCUCCAUAGAAGAGGAGAUCGAGCUCACACCGAUAUUAGAGUCGAUGAAUGUGGGAGACAUGUUCCAGUCGACUGCUGACCUCAGCACGCUGACUGAGAUCCCUAGAGGACUCAGUUUCAGCGGUGCCAUCCACAAAGCGAAGAUCCAGGUGGACGAGCGAGGAACUGAAGCCGCGGCUGCGACUGCUGUGAUCUCAGCUCGUGUCGGCGUCGAUUCCUUCACCGCCGACAGCCCUUUCGUUUACUUCCUCUACGACAAGCUCUCUAAUACCGUCUUGUUCUGCGGAGUAUUCAAUUCACCUUGAUACAUUUCUGUAAAUUGUGUAAAAUAAGUUGAAAUCUUAUUGCUUGUAUAGUUCUAAAAUUAAAGUAUUUCACGAGAUUCGUGUCUGUAAACAAAUGUAGAACAGAGCUAUUGUAGCCUAUCAUUAAAUAGUUAGUAUUUAUUGUGCUCAAACAACAUUGCUUUAAAUAUA